AUGACCGAUAAGCCACCAGAAGCACCAUCUCCGUCACCUCCGCCGUUGAGGCAACUCUCUCCCCAAGACUGGGAGUCGUUAAUCGACGACUUCCAGCACGGCGGCGCACGCCAGGACAGAUGGACCUCCGCUCAGCCGAUACUCCUCUCCCUCCUCGACCAAGCCCUCUCCUCCAUCGCCAAGCGCGACUUCCCCCUUAAGCUCCACGUCAUCACCUUCCUCGAGGAGUUCUCCGACCCGCUAUUCUCCACUGCCAUCGCUAACGACGCCGUUUCCGGACGCAAAGUUCUCAACCGCCUCAUCGAAACCCUACGCGCCCUGAUCCAGACACCGCCCGAUGGGGUCCACAUCACGUUCGCUCUCAAGGAGCAGAUGAUGCUUUCCGUCACCUCAGUCGUUGUCUCUCUCGACGACGACGUCGUUUCGAUCUCCACCGUCGAAUCGCUGGUGGAGCUGCUGUUAACGGUGAUCAACCGUCCCAAUCAUGGCGUCGACCGUCAGGCGCGUGCCCUGGCGUGCGAGUGCCUGCGCGAGAUGGAGAAAGCUCGGCCCUCCUUGCUUUCUGAAAUCGGCGGACAUCUCUGGAGCUUGUGCCAGAACGAGAGGACUCACGCCGCUCAGAGCUACAUUCUGUUGUUCACCACCGUCGUUCACAACAUCGUCGUCGAAAAUCUCAGCGUUUCGAUUCUCAAUACGACGGCACCUUUGGUGCCGUUCAGUUCGCCGCAGAACGGGUCAGGUAAGGAGGGUUCGGGUGGGUUGAAUUACAAGGAGCUGAGGAGGGCAAUGGCUUUUCUGCUAGAGUGGCCGCAAGUGUUGACGCCGUGUGCGAUGGUUGAGUUCUUGGCUCUGGUAAUGCCAAUGGCGGCGGCAUUGGAGCUCCAAGCUUCGAUGCUCAAGGUCCAAUUUUUUGGGAUGGUUUAUUCGUCUGAUCCUAUGCUCUGCCAUGUUGUUUUGACCAUGUUUCCUAGGUUCUGGGACGCGUUUGAUGGGCAGGAAGGUGACAUUGCAUGGAGGCUUGUGCUGCUAUCCAAAGAAUCGCAGCACCACUUGGUUUUUCGAUUGCUGGCGGUGCAUUGGUUGCUUGGUUUUGGUCAGUUAGUAUUGAGAAGGGAAGUAAAGAAAGUGAAGACCAUUGUUGAUAUGGGUUCGAGAUUCUAUCCGAGUGUGUUCGAUCCCCUUGCUUUGAAAGCCUUGAAGCUUGACCUUCUUGCCUUUUGCUCUGUUUGUGUUGAUAUCUUGAAACCAGAGAAGAGUGUUUCGGGCGAGGAUGGUGAGGUGAAUGAUAAGUUGGUGGUGAAGUUGUUUGAAGAUGGACUUGUUUGUGUAUCAGCAUUCAAAUGGUUGCCUCCGGGAAGUACUGAAACCUCGGUGGCAUUUCGAACUUUGCACAGGUUCUUGAUUGGAGCUUCGUCUCAUUCAGACAAUGAUCCUUCCACCACUAGAAGUCUCAUGGACUCCACCAUUUUCAGGAAUAUACAGGGGAUGCUGGUGGACCUGAUGUUGGAGUGUCGGAGAUUGGUUCCUGUGGUAGUUGUUUUGACUGAUCGCUUGUUGGGUUGUCAAAAGCACCGUUGGUUGGGAGAGCGCCUGCUUCAGGCAUUUGAUGAGCAUUUGCUUCCAAAAGUGAAAUUGGAUUACAGUUUGGUUUCUUUUUUUCCAAUAUUUGAUAGAAUUGCUGAAAGUGAUACAAUUCCUCCUCGUGGAUUGCUAGAGCUUCUCACCAAGUUCAUGGCCUUCCUUGUUGGUAAACAUGGCCCAUAUACAGGACUAAGAUCAUGGUCUCAGGGAAGCAGAGUUCUUGGCAUCUGUCGAACCUUGUUGAUGCAUCACAAGAGCUCUCGAUUGUUCCUUAGAAUGUCUCGCCUUUUGGCAUUUACUUGCCUUUACUUUCCUGAUUUGGAGGUUCGUGACAAUGCAAGGAUCUACCUUCGGCUUCUUAUCUGCGUGCCGGGAAAGAAGAUCAGGGACCUGCUGAAUCUUGGGGAGCAACUCAGUAUUUCACCAUCUUCACAUGCCAAUUUCAAUGUCCAAACUCCUCGCUUUUCUCAUAGUCUCAAGAAGUCGAAGACCGUCUCCUCGUAUGUCCACCUUGAGCGCGUAAUCCCCCUACUAGUCAAACAGUCUUGGUCCUUGUCUUUAUCAUCUUUGGGUAUUGGAAGUAGUGAUCCUGGUUACUUAGGAGGCGUCAGGGACAUUGAACCCAUAGUAGAGGAUAGUGAUAUUGAUGACAGUAGUGAUGUCCAGAUUGCACCAGAAGCUCAAGCAAUUGAUGACAAUGGUAAUGUCCAAAUUAUCCCUGAAGAUCGAAGAAUUGAUCGACCACCGGAGCCAUUGCGUGUGACGGAUUCAAAGAUUUCGGAGAUGUUAAGAAUACUGAGGACGCAUUUCUCAUGCAUUCCUGACUUCAGACAUAUGCCAGGAAUUAAGGUUAGACUAUCAUGUAGUUUGAGGUUUGAAUCUGAGCCUUUCAAUCGAAUAUGGGGAGUUGAUUGCCAUGCUGGUGGUUCGAAUGAAUUAGAUGCCCUUCCCGCUAUAUAUGCAACAGUGCUAAAAUUUUCAUCCUCUGCAGCAUACGGGUCCAUUCCAUCAUAUCAUAUACCUUUUCUUCUAGGUGAGCCUCCCAGAAAAACUAAUGUACCUGAUCAGACAGUCUCAUUAGCUAUUGUUCCUGUAGAAAAUGCUUGUGGAGAAGAUGAACGUUAUAGAGCUCAUGUAACGAUUGAAUUGGAACCACGGGAACCCACGCCUGGUCUAAUUGAUGUUUCAAUUGAAACAAGUGCUGAAAAUGGUCAGAUAAUCAGGGGACAGCUUCACACAAUCACUGUUGGCAUAGAGGAUAUGUUUCUCAAGGCUAUUGUACCAUCUGACAUCCAGAAUGAUUCCAUACCUGGUUAUUACUUAGAUUUGUUCAGUGCUCUUUGGGAGGCAUGUGGCACUUCAAACACUGCACGGGAGACAUUUCAGUUGAAAGGAGGCAAAGGGGUCACUGCUAUCAGUGGUACUCGGUCGGUCAAGCUACUUGAAGUCCCUGCAUCAUCCUUGAUUCAAGCUACUGAGCGCUAUUUGGCACCCUUCGUUGUAAGUGUGAUUGGUGAACCACUUGUUACUACUGUAAAGGAAGGAGGAAUCAUUAGGGAUGUAAUCUGGAAGGAUGUGGCCUCAGAUUCGUCCCUUGAUAUUACUAGCUCCGAGACCAAUUUUCAUAGAGGCCCACUUCAUCUUACAUACGGUGAUGAUGCAGAGGAAAGGGACAGUCCUGUCAAUACCCGCAAAACAAACAUGGGUAGCUUUCUUAUUUUGAUAUUUCUUCCACCAAGGUAUCAUCUUCUCUUCCAAAUGGAAGUAUCUGAUGUUUCAACGUUAGUACGAAUUCGAACUGAUCACUGGCCGUGCUUAGCGUAUACUGAUGAUUAUUUGGAAGCAUUAUUUUUGGCAUAGGAAUUCGUUUAUUUCUACCGUGCAAGUACGAAACAUGAGGAUUCUCAUCGGUGUGGCUCUAAGGUCAUUGGCAUUUUGUUCUAUAUCUUCUCUCCAUAUUUAUCCGUACAGAGAAGGGUAAAUUUUUUGCACCCAGAAUAAACUCUGCUGUAAAUUCAUCUCGAGUUAUUUUACCUUGUAUUCUUUUGUUGUGUUGAGAAUUUAGAUGUGCAAUUUUGGGGCGUUUUUCGUUGUGUAGGUAGGAUUUUGUAACCAAAAGGUUGAAGUAAUUUGUAAGCUGAUUCUUUCAUUGCAAUCAAUAGAAAUCUUGUUGGCAUA